CGCGGUCAGACUCGAUCAAUCGACUAUCGCAGCGGCAUCGAUGAGCCUGCUAACGGCUAACAUAAGUGUGAGCCGAGCGAAGGGGAACGUUUCUCUUUGUCAGUCCGCUCUCGUCGUCUCUUGGUUGGCAUGCGGCGUUCCUCAGGCUUCGGGCCGCUGCUGGCCGCUCUCGUGGCCCUCUCGUCGGACUUUGCGUCCGCCGCUCACGUGGAUGGAGCUCCGCCCUCCAAAAUAGCCGUGGUAGGCGCGGGCAUCGGGGGCAGCGCCACGGCGCAUUUCCUGCGGCAGCACUUUGGGCCCGAAGUGCAGCUGGAUGUGUACGAGAAGGGUGAGGUGGGCGGCCGCUUGGCCACUGUCACCGUCAACCGGAACCAGUACGAGUCGGGCGGCUCUAUUAUCCACGCGCUCAACCUGCACAUGCAUGACUUUGUCAAGCAGCUCGGGCUGAAGCAGCGUCGCAGUGUGUCUGGCAAGACGGCGGUGUUUGAUGGCACGUCGGUGAUUGUGGAGGAGACGGACUGGUACUUGCUGGACCUCCUGCGCUUGUGGUGGCGCUAUGGCAUCAGCUUCAUACGGCUGCAGAUGUGGCUGGAGGAGAUCAUGGAGAAGUUCAUCAGGAUUUACAAGUACCAGGCCCACGGUUACGCCUUCAGCUCGUUGGAGGAGCUGUUGGAGUCGCUGGGUGGGAGCGGCUUUGUCAACAUGACGCGCAAGCCGCUCUCCGAUUCGCUGCUGGAGCUGGGCGUGUCCCAGCGCUUCAUCGAUGAGGUGGUGGCGCCCGUCAUAUGGCUCAAUUACGGCCAGAAUGUUAGCGUACCCGCCUUCGCAGGCGCGGUGUCGUUGGCGAGCGCCCAUUCUAACCUGUGGGCGGUGGAAGGUGGCAACAAGUUGCUUUGCGACGGCCUGCUCAAGUUGGCCGAGGCCAACCUGCUGCAGGCGCGUGUCACCUCGGUGCGACCGCUCCACGAAGGCGACGCGCUUCAGUAUGAGCUGAGCGUGGCGGAUGAGGAGGGCGAGCGGCGCUCGGGAGUCUACGACCUGGUAGUGGUGGCGGCGCCGCUGCGGGCCGGUGGCGCCGGGAUCUCCUUGCCGGACUGGGAAGCACCCGUUGCACCCGGCGAGGGCGAGUGGCAGGCCACAGUGGCCACGCUGGUGCACGGCUACCUCAACACGUCACUCUUCGGCUUCCCGGAUGCGCGGCUCUUCCCGUACGCCAGCAUACUGACUACGGCCGCACCAGCGCUCUUCUUUAACAGCGUGGCCGGCGUUUAUCCUGUCGACGUGGCGCCGGACUUCCGCCGCAAGCGGGCGCACGAGGCCGCCGUCUACAAAGUCUUCUCACCCAACGUGCUUACCAGAGAGCAGCUCAAGACGCUCUUCAGGUCGUACUACUCGGCGCAGGCGACCGAGUGGCAGGCGUACCCUCGCUACGGCAGUGCGGCGGGUGCAGUGCUGCCCCCUGUGGAGCUGCGGCCGCACCUCUAUUACUUGAGCGGCAUCGAGUGGGCAGGCAGCGCCAUGGAGAUGAGCGCCGUGGCCGCCAAGAACAUCGCCCUGUUGGCCUACCACCGGUGGCAUGGACGCAGUCUCAAAGUGGACCACAAAGACCUGCCGCGCGCCAUCAAGACUGAACUCUGACCUUGGACGGCUUGGGGCCUCGAGGCGUUUUGCUUGCGCAUAUGGAAGGAAAUCUGUAUUUGUAUAGGUUGAUAUCUGUCAAAUUAAUUGUGACCAUGAAUUAUUUUGUUACUAAAACUGCAAAAAUAAACAAUGUUAACUUAUUUUUA